AUAGUGUCGUCGGCCUUUUGGUUCACAGUACAGGUUGAAAAAAAGAAAUGAGAACACAUAGCUUUAAUGCAUGUUUACUCUUUGUGAUAUUUUUUUUGCGCGUCUUUAAAGGCUUGUCUGAAGUUUGAAAUGACGUCACUGUCCAAAAACUGCUACAAAGUAAAGAAAGAUCGCAUGAAAGCUGUUUCUGCCUUGACUGCGCAGAAAGCACACAGAGAGAAGUGUUGAGGACAUUGUUAGACGACAAGCCAUGCACCCCACCUUUUCUUUUCGUCUUGCAAGCCAAGUGGUUGAUCAUGCGUGGCUUUCAUCAUGUUCUUGUUGUCGUUCCAGAGCUGUUCGGGUAUCUGACCGGAUGGCUGGGAUGCAAGAAAGGCGGUUACUUCUUCGGGAAUGACAUGAAGACAUGGUUAUGGCGGGACAGAGUGCCAAACAACAUUGGUAGAAAUGAACACCGCGUUCAAACGUUUCCCUGGGAUCUUUGGAUUGACUUCCCAUGUGUCAAUCCUAAGCCCUUAAACCUCUUAAAGCGUCCUGUCAGUCCCACCACCACUACAGGCAACCCUGUCACCUAUCCUACUCUUCCUCCCUGCCCCACCACGACAGCCAAGCCUACCACCUGUCCUACUCCUGCUCCCUGCCCCACUACGACCAAGCUUGUCACCUGUCCUACUACUGCUCCCAUUCCCAUCAAGCCUGCCACCUGUCCUACUCCUGCUCCCUGCCCCACGACGAUGGCCAAGCCUGCCACCAGUCCUGCCGGCCCUCCUCCGACCGAUGGGGAGUUCGAGAUGUGCGCAAUCUCCACCAAUGACAAGGCGUGUUCCUCCCACAACGUGACAUGCUCGUGCCUGCUCGCCAUGAUUGCCAACCCGAUGGGCGGAUUCCAAGCUGUGCUCGACGGUCUCAGUGUGGCCCGGAGCAUUGUCAUCAGAGGACAAUCCGUGGCCGAAGCAAAGAGGCUGGUGGUCAACCUGGACGCGCGCGACACCAACGGCAAGAACGCUACCGCGGCGCUGCACCUGAAUAUUGACUUGGAGAGCCAAACCUUCACCCUCAACUCCGGAGUGGACCGCAAGUCGGGUGACAACCAGACCGGGGACCUUCCCCGCGGACGCCCCUUCGGAGCCGGUCUCCCCUUCAAGAUUGUCAUCAAGUGCGGCGGGAUGGGCACUUUCCACUUGGACUUCAACGACGAGCUCCAGCUGGACUUUGCAGGUCUUCAACUUGAUAUCGGGAGCAUCAACUGGUUGGAGGUGUGGCAAGUGAUGCUGAGCAGCAUCCAACUGAUGUGAUGACGCGCCCGUGUGACGCCGUUUCCUGUCAGGGUGUCAGCAUGCCGACGGCAAUCAGCUCCAUUCUAAUGUAUUAGUUUCUUUUCGAGCUCGGUUGCCACCACUUAUUUCCUUUUCAAACUAGAUGUGUAAAAUCUCACGGUACGAAAUUUACACAGCAAGCGCCUGCUUGCCUGUUCGUGUGGAAAAUCGAGUGUCAGUCGUAAGAAGACACUUAAAUUGAAAACAAAGGUUCUGAUACGUUUUUUUCGGAAUCGUAUAUAAAUGUCACUUUAUUCAACUGAUGUACACGUGUUUGAAGCAAAAU